CCGAAGUCGUCUUUCGAUUUUCCGAGCUCGUUUGACUUGGACCUGACCAUGACCAUGACACUCACUCGUAAUUUCGAACGCUCCCUGACUUCUCUACGACACACGUCAAUACCGCACCUCAAGAUAUCUGCCCGCGAAAACGCGAAAACGUCUCUCGUUCUCAGUAGAUUCAGCUCUACUUUGAAGUCAAAAGAAAGUGAACACGCCCACACUACAGUUCUAACAUGGCCAGAAUACCUCGCAAUCAGAGCUAAACGAAGGAAAUGGCAAAAUGCCAUGUCAGUCCCCACCUCUUUCUUAGGUCUCUUUGGAGGCGCUUCAUAUUUCGGGAAUCUGACCACUGAUCCUAUGACACCCGUAUUUGGACUCGAUCCAUUCAUGUUCUACGGAAUCUGUACAGCAGCUUGUAUGGGUUUCGGCUACCUCCUAGGCCCCUCCCUAGGCAACGCGAUUUGGAGAUUCACUCACCGCCACUACGGUGACCUCAUCGACUCUCGAGAUCGUGAAUUCUAUCAACACAUUACAAAACGUCGUGUGGAUGCGUCUCUACAGAGCCCAACGAGCCCUGUACCAGAUUAUUAUGGAGAGAAGAUCGGGUCGCUUCAUCAUUAUAGACGGUGGCUUCGCGACCAAGGCAAGUACAGAAGGAAGGCAGUCUUGCCGGAAGAUUAGUGGUGAGGCUUGAGGAUAGAAAUGAGAUGACUUGCGGCAUUAAUGGAGUCUACGGUGAAUCUACGGUGUCGUCGGGGCGUAAUACAUACAUGCAGGUGCCGCCUUAUUCAAGAGAUCUCAUGUUUCAAAUCGAGCACGUCGUCUCAAUAGUGGCUAUAGUGUGGUAUAAGGCGUAAAGAUAAAACUUUCACUGUAAACCCAGCUGGACCAUCUAACGGAGACAAGUGGGCCUUUCUUCUGAAAUGGGGGCAGUGGCAUCUGAGGCGUCAAUUUACUCGGAAAUGAAGGUGGAUUCGAUAACUGCCGCUGGGCCGCCAUAAGUCCUUUAGCAGCACGUAGCACGGCUCCAAACGAGAGAUCGAGCCCUCAGAACUCGACUGUCUGGCCCGUCGAAAUUGAGACGGUCUUGAGUCGUUGCCAGGAACAAGAAGUAACGGUGCACUGGAAGGCUUUUGACACAGAAAGAACGCGAAGCUCGUUUCGGGGGCUUGUCACUUCGUUGAACGUGGAACCGGGAGUCU